ACAAAAUGGCUGACGAAGUUGAUCUCGGUUUGAAAGACUCAAAGAAAACAAAUUCAGAUAAAACAAAAGGGUAUCUCGUCAUAGACUACGGAGAAAAAAUCAAAGCAGAUUUUAAGUUUUCACAAGAACAAAUUCAACGUCAGGUGGAACACUUGCAAAGGGAAAUCUCUUUGUUAUGGGAGAUAAUCCGCGACCUAAUGAUUUUGUUUGGACCAAUGGUAGUAGGAUGGAUGGGAUAUUUCCUUUCUAGAAUGCUGCUUUCACGAAUGUGGGAGGGGCUUUUUGUUGCCUUCAACAGCUUUUUAAUGUCAGCCUGCCUUAUUUUGUUCAUGACACCACUGAAUGAAUCACUUGUCAGAUUAAUGGCUGCUUUUGAUGAAUUCAAGGAUUUGCAAUCUUCAAUGGACCACUUCGAGGAUCCUUAUGUCGAGGAAACGGGACAUGGUGACGGUGGACUUAUAGAAACUACAGAGAACUAUAGUAGUGACCCUACUGUAGAGCAGACCGUUGAUAAUUUAGGAGCUAUCCAAGAGGAAAACGACGGAGAAGUAUCGGAUGACGGAGAAGAAAAUACCAACAAUAAUGAUUUAGAAUAGAUAUUAGUAUUGAUUACCUGUUUGUUAAGUUUCGCAUAUUAAUAAAAUAGCAAUCAAAUUAAUUAAGGCUGAAAAACUUGUUAUCUCUCACGUGGAACCAUGAGAUCAAAGUGAUCCAUUUUAACCACCCGCCGUCCGUAUUCUUAAUGGACCAAAGUUGACAUCGUUCUUACUCAAUUUACAAAACUAUGUCCGACAGCUCGACACGCUAGCAUUGCAGUGCGUUUAACUGUAGUUGGAAUUGAUUGAAAAAGUGUUUUUCUAAAAUAACAUUGUCCGAGUCAUAACUUCUUUUAUUUUUUGGCUUACAUUUUUUUUAUUUGUUGUAUUAAUUUUGUAUUUACAUUGUGUUAUAGAUCAAAUUUAUUCGUUCAGUGUAUGU